GGGACGUCUCUAUCCUAGCCGUGAGUGCCCCGCCUGCCUCUAGCGGUCCCCGGCGACCCGGUUCCUGUCGCGCUCACCUGCGCCGGUAGCGGAGAAAUCGCCCCGGGACAUGGACUCAGUGGUCUUUGAGGAUGUGGCUGUGGACUUCACCCUGGAGGAGUGGGCUUUGCUGGAUUCUGCUCAGAGGGACCUCUACAGAGAUGUGAUGCUGGAGACCUUUCAGAACCUGGCCUCAGUAGAUGAUGAAACUCAAUUUAAGGCCAGUGGGUCAGUUUCUCAGCAGGAUAUUUAUGGAGAAAAAAUACCCAAGGAAUCUAAAAUAGCCACGUUCACCAGAAAUGUUUCCUGGGCCUCUGUUUUAGGAAAAAUUUGGGACAGUCUUAGCAUUGAAGAUCAUCCCACAAACCAGGGGAGAAAUCUCAGUAGAAAUAAUGUGUUGGAGAGACUCUGUGAAAGUAAUGAUCAAUGUGGAGAAGCCUUCAGCCAGAUUCCACAUCUUAAUCUGUACAAGAAAAUUCCACCUGGAGUAAAACAGUAUGAAUACAACACGUACGGAAAAGUCUUCAUGCAUCGCCGUGCAUCCCUCAAGAGUCCCAUCACAGUUCACACUGGACACAAACCGUAUCAGUGCCAGGAAUGUGGGCAGGCCUACAGUUGUCACUCACACUUAAGAAUGCAUGUGAGAACCCACAAUGGAGAGAGACCCUACGUGUGUAAAUUAUGUGGGAAAACCUUUCCUCGUACUUCCUCCCUCAAUCGGCACGUAAGGAUUCACACUGCUGAGAAAACCUAUGAAUGUAAGCAAUGUGGGAAAGCCUUUAUUGACUUCUCAAGUCUUACUAGUCAUCUCAGAAGUCACACCGGAGAGAAGCCAUAUAAGUGUAAGGAAUGUGGGAAAGCUUUCAGUUAUUCCUCAACGUUUCGAAGACACACAAUAACACACACUGGCGAGAAGCCAUAUAAAUGUAAGGAAUGUGGGGAAGCCUUUAGUUAUUCCUCAACGUUUCGAAGACAUAUGAUUUCACACACUGGAGAGAAGCCACAUAAAUGUAAAGAAUGUGGGGAGGCCUUCAGUUAUUCUUCAGCUUUUCGAAGACACAUGAUAACACACACUGGAGAGAAACCCUACGAAUGCAAACAAUGUGGGAAAACCUUCAUUUAUCUCCAGUCCUUUCGAAGACAUGAAAGGAUUCACACUGGAGAGAAACCCUACGAAUGCAAACAGUGUGGGAAAACCUUCAUUUAUCCCCAGUCCUUUCGAAGACAUGAAAGGACUCAUGGUGGAGAGAAACCCUAUGAAUGCAACCAGUGCGGGAAAGCAUUCAGUCACCCCUCCUCCUUUCGAGGACACAUGAGGGUGCACACUGGAGAGAAACCCUAUGAGUGCAAGCAAUGUGGGAAAACUUUCAAUUGGCCCAUAUCUUUACGAAAACAUAUGAGAACACACACUAGAGAGAAACCCUAUGAAUGUAAACAGUGUGGGAAAGCCUUCAGCUUGUCCGCUUGCUUUCGAGAACAUGUGAGAAUGCACCCUGAAGACAAAUCCUAUGAAUGCAAGCUAUGUGGGAAAGCUUUCUAUUGCCACAUAUCCUUACAAAAACAUAUGAGAAGGCAUACCGCAGAGAAACUCUAUGAAUGCAAGCAGUGUGGGAAAGCUUUCAGUUGGCCUGAACUUUUGCAACAACACGUGAGAACGCACACUGUAGAGAAGCCCUAUGAAUGUAAGGAAUGUGGGAAGGUCUUCAAAUGGCCAUCGUCUUUACCAAUACAUAUGAGACUGCAUACUGGAGAGAAACCUUAUCAAUGUAAGCAUUGUGGGAAAGCAUUCAAUUGUUCCUCAUCCUUAAGACGACAUGCGAGAAUACACACUACAGAAAAACAGUAUAAGUGUAAUGUAGGACAUCCUCCUGCAAAUGAAUUCAUGUGCAGUGCUUCAGAAAAGUCACACCAGGAGAGAGAUCUGAUCAAAGUUGUAAAUAUGGUGUUGCCUUUAUGAGUUCCUUAUCCUGAAAGUGGACACUUAUGGAGUGUGUCUGUAGUUCAUUUGCAAAUAAACAUUUAGGUGAAAAAUAAUUCUCCAAGUACUCUUAGCUAUCCUACAUGAAUUUUAACAGGUAGUUUCUUACAAUUCAGUAAAUAAAACUUUCAUCUUAGAGUGUUUUGGACUCAUGGAUGAUUUGAAGUGUAUUUUUAAUAUGCAACUAGGUUCAAGUUUUAUUUAAUUUCUUAAAUUGUAACCGACUUAGUGUGGCAGGUAUUGGAUAUCACUUAUCUAUUAUAUUUUCCACCUUUCUUACUGGGAAUAUUUUUAUUGUUUGGCCAGAGGAGCCUUAUUCCAUUUUCUAAGAAGUAGUUGGCAGAAUUUUGUAAUUAUGCAAAGUUGUUUAAGGAGUAUAGCCUCAAAUGAAUUGUCAUGUUUAAUGUUUGCCCUUUGCUGUUUGUCUUUGCUUGUGAUUGUAAAUUGGAGAGUAGGCUUUGACUUGUGAUAUGACAGAGAAAUCCAGAGUUGCAGAUGGUUCUUCUGCAUUGUUGUCAGUGUGGGUAAUGUUAGGAACUUCAUUUGCUGGAAUGCAUUUCCUUUAUGGUUCCAUGUGCAAAUUUACAAAUAGCCAUAACUUGAAUGAAAUUUAGAAUGAAGAAGUGAAGACGUAAGUCAUCGCUGAGCUUUUGGGGUCACAUUAAAUGGAGAUGGACAGAUGCAUAGGGGCUUCGUGAACACCAACCUUCAGCUUAUUUUCCAGAUUCUUAUUCCUGCCAAUCAAGAGUACCAUCAAGAGAAACACUUAAGUGCUUGAUUUCCAUUGUGUCAGAGGUGUAGUCUUCCUCAGACAUCUCCAUUAACUUGGUAUCAGGGAUAUGCCUUUGUGGUCAGUCACCUACAGUCUGGAUUUUUCUCAAAACCCUGUAUGACCUCUUGACCACUGAUUCAGACUGUCUUGUUUGGCCAUCUCUGAGCUUCUGAUUCUCCCGUUCUGUAGAUCUUAACAUAUUUGCAUGGAGUCUAAUUUAUAUAGUGAACACCUUGUUAAUACUUCCAGUGGCUCUGUGAUCCUGAUUCCACCACGAAAGCCACAGUGUUGCAGUCAAAGAAGAAAAACAACACAUGGGACUUUGUACCCUAUUGCAUUUUUAAGUGUGCCGACCCAGUCCUAUGUGAGAACAAAUACCUUCCUCAUAUAUUAGAUUUAGGGAGAUUUCUGUUACUCAGAACUAAAUGCAGUUUCUUGAUAUAGGUUAAAUUAUUAGGUUUGAUUAUGUAUCAUUAAAAAUAAUGUGGAUUUUGUUUCAAGGAAAACCUUCUCUAGAUAUUUCUUAGAAAUAUUCUGUUUAGCUGGGCACAGUAGCUCACGCCUGUAAUCCCUGCACUUUGGGAGGCUGAGGUGGGCAGAUCACUUGAGGUCAGGAGUUUGAGACCAGCCUGGUUAACAUGGUGAAACCCUGUCUCUACUAAAAACACAAAAAUUAGCUAGGCAUGGUGGUGAGUGCCUGUAACCCCAGCUACUUGGGAGGCUGAGACAGGAGAAUCGCUUGAACCCAGGAGGCACAGGUUGCAGUGAGCCAAGAUCACACCACUGCACUCCAGCCUGGGAGACAGGGAAAGACUCCCACCUCACAAGCAAAAAAAGAAAAAAAUAUCCUAUUUACUGUGCUUUCAAAUUAGUUGUUUAGAGACUAUAUUAAUUUCCCAGGGCUGCCAUAACAAAGUACAAAAACUGGGUAACAUAGGAAAACAAACUUUUUGUUUCUCAGUUCUGGACCCAGAAAUCCAGAAACAAGGCAUUGGCAGGACCAUGCUUUUUCUGAAGAUGCUAGGGAAGGAUCUGUUUCAGAACUCACCUAGCUUCUGGUAUUUCCUUAGCUUGUGGCAGCAUAACUCUAAUUUUCACAUGGCAUUCUCCCUGUGUGUGUGUCUCUCCAUGUGACAAUAUUUUUAUACAUACACACCACUCAUUGGGUUAGGCCCCACUCUACUUCACUAUGAUUUUACCUUAACUAAUUACGUUGGCAACAGCUCUCUUUCCACAUACUGACGUACCACGAAUUAAGAUUUCAACAAAAAAAUUUUGGGAGACCCAAUUCAACCCAUAACACUAAGAAA